UCAGGAUUUGUUCCUCAUAGUGAAGUUGAGGUCAGUGCCAGUUCAGUUCAGAAAUAUGGAGGAAAUAACCUGCCCUGAAAGAGUAUUCUUCUCUCUCUCUCUCUCUCUCUCUCUAUUCUCUCUCUCUCUCUCUCUCUCUCUCUCUCUCUCUCUCUCUCUCUCUCUCUCUCUCUCUCUCUCUCUCUCUCUCUCUCUCUCUCUCUCUCUCUCCAAUUUUCUUUAUUAUCCUAAAGCUAUAGUUCAUGCAAAUUUUAAGCAAUAUGUACCUUGUUUCAUGACUUUUGAGCUAUUUUUUUCACAGAAUGCUAUUAUCUAAAAAAAAAAAAAAAUGCUGAUCUUACCAGUGACAUUGUUCUCCAUGUUAUUUUAUGUGCAGAGAUUAUUCGUGAAACAUCCCUAUACAUAACAAAUCAUAUAUGAACAUUUGAUUUUCUUUUGCAGUAGCCAGUUAAAAUGUUAUGAAUAUAUAUAUAUAUAUAUAUAUAUAUAUAUAUAUAUAUAUAUAUAAAUAUAUAACCUGUAUGACAUUGAUACUGAAGUUUAAAAAAAUUGGAUUAUUAUAGAAUGUGUCUGUGUCACAUAAAGGCCAACAAAAAAGGAGAUCACAUUAUUUUUCACCAUGUAUUACUUCGUAUUACAGCAGUUGCACAUGGAAGAGGAAAAAAUCAGUCAGAUUUAGUGUUCCAUAUUCCAUUAGGCUUAGAUUAAAUCUGCAAUAGAAAACAGUGGUGCACAUUAUAGUGGCAAAAUGUUUUGUGAAUAAUCUAUUUAUUUUAUUUUGUAUUUAAGAUUAUUUAACUUGUUUGACAGCAUCAGUUUUACUUCCUUUUUUUCUUUCCUCUCUUACUACAAACAUGUAAGUUUGAUGGGCGUUCUUGACUAUCUGAUGCUUUAUAUGAAAUGACUUGGCUGAUGAGAUGAUUAGCUGAGUUUCAUAGGAAUUUAAUGUUAAAGGUUGUUUGAUGCUGCCUAGUGUUCAUUCUACCAGUCUUUUAGUCAGGAUCACUGCCAUAGUUAGAUUUAAGUUUAUUAUUUGUUUCAGUAUCUGAUUUUUAUUUAUUUUUAUUUUUUAUCACUUUCUUCCUCUCACCAAUUUACUGUGUAGGUUUAUUAUUAGAUUGAAAGUAAACUAGUCUACAGUUAAAGAAGUGGAUUGGACAAUCGUUUCCUGAUGAAAAGUUGUGUUGCAUACAGUUUCUUACACCUUCAUACAUAAAAGCUGUAGUUACAGUUUAGCUGUACCUGAAUAUUGAGCCGACUCAAUAAGAAAACCAAAGUUUCAGAGUCAUAUGUGAGCCUGAACCUCUUGCAGUUUACCUUUAUUAUAUUUAGAUUGGUAUGUAAUUUAACGAUGCUUGCAGCCUCAGGUAUGGAUGACAUGGCACCGUUAAUAUUGUCAAGCUGUAUAAUUUUGACUUCAAGCAUGUUUUUGUUAGCCUCAUCCUUCAUAUACAUAACAAUAUAAAGUACCAUAGUAGUACUAAAUUCAUAGUAUGACUGUUAAAAGUUAAUUUAUGUGUAACAGAAUUAUUAUGGCAUAAAAUCUGAUUUUUCAAGAGGUGUCUUUGGCACCAAAGUUAAAGAUAUAAAAUUGAAGAGAAAAAAGGAAAGUAUAAAUAAAGUAAUAAUUAGCUAUGCUAUUGUGACUCUCAUAGAAUGGUGCUCAAAGGUAAAAUAAUAAGUGUGACAUUUUUAACAGCAUCACAUUUUCUAGAUCACCAAAUAGAAUUUAAGAUUAAAUAGGCAUGAUUCAUAGUAUCCCAAUGGACUAGCGUGGCCCAGCAUUGUACCGCUUACUUUAUCUUAUGUCAUGCUUGCACAAUACUUUCUUCAUUAAAGUCAGUUUUUUCUUUUUAAUAUUAGAUGUCAUUCAUAUUAGAAUAAUCCAAAUUGAUUUGGAAGUAAUAUGGAAUAUUGAAGGAAAUUAUUGGGAUGCAACUCCAUAGGGGCAGGUUGCUGGUUUUAUGUAAAGUAAUGCUGCUAUGUUCGCUUCAGGUGAAAAAGCAACAUUAAAACAUGAUUUUAAAUAGUACCUACUGAAUAUGUGUAUAUGAAAAGCUUCUUUAAAGGUGUAUAGCAUACUUCAUAAAUUCUUUGUAAAUAGUACUCUAUGCGAUGUGAUUUUAGCAGUGAUAGUACAGUGUGGUCAUAGCUGCAAGAAUGUUAGCAAUUGGCACCCUUUUUUCUAUGAAUUCUUGGAUUCCCCAGUUUCUUUGAUUCCUGGGAUUCUAUUUUCUGUGAUUAGAUUCCGCAUCCUCUUUUCCCUGGAGUGAACACAGCGCCCCCUUCUGCCGCUCGCCAGUUUACGUGUAGUCAGUAGUAGUUAUCUAGCUAAACAGUACAGUUCAACCUGGACAUUGUUACUGUGUAUGUACGCUCAUGUUGUAUGGCAUGAAUAAGUAAAUAAAUGAAUUAUGUUGACAUACAA